GAUUUAGGACAACUGAAGCUGGGGCCUUCCCUAGUGUUGUCUGGACAGAAACAACUUCCGGAGUCUUGCCCCUUUAUUCCUCUAGAUAAAAGCGCUAACUUGUGUGUAAGCCCCAGGCUUGGUGGCUUGUGCCGCCUUGGUUGCCUAGGUGACGCCGUGGUGUGACGUCUACACCUGUACGACCUGCCCACCUGCCAGGCGGGGUACACACGACACCUGAGUACCACUCCAGCGCGACCUAACAACACAGACCGAUGUCUCAACCCUCUCCUGUUUCACCCCUAUUCACCACCCCAGCACCACGCUGAAAAGCACUUGGCAUUGUUAGACAGUAAACGAUUACUGACGUGCCGGGUGGAAGGAGCCCUCCUGCUUUGUUUCCUGUGGUAGUUCUGGACUCUCUAUCCUCUCAGGGGUAAAGAACUGCACAUGGAAAAGUCAGCCUUCAAGGUAGUCCCCAUGUCAAGGCACUACAAGCUUCAAGGGGGCUCACACCACCCAACCCACAGGCUUCAUGGCAAUUCUCAACACAGUGCCAAGAACUCCUUCCACAACAAGUUUGUGUCAGGAGUGACCCACCUGCCUCAGAUCCACCUGGACCACCAGAACACAGCGGGCUCCAAACACGGGACCGGCGCCACCGCAGACAACAUCCUGCCUCAGCUGGGCAAGACUGGCUUCCAGAAUGGAGAGAUCCCCAGAAUAUCCCGGCAGGCCACCAUGGUGUCCAAGGACGCCGACAGAAGGCGGAUCCUCAGCUCACAGAGAAGUAAAUCACCCUUAACACCAGGAGAGGCCCUGAAAUUCUACAAGGGGAAACUGACAGGAUUUGAACAGUCAGAAAUCCUGGACUACAGCGAGGUGUGGUUUGUCGGAGCGGAGGCUCGGAAAAUAGAAGGCGUCCAGGGCUCUCCUCAAAACAACGGCUACGAUGACGAAAAUGGAUCCUACCUCAAAGUUAUACAUGACCAUCUGGCGUAUAGGUACGAGGUACUGGAGGUUAUUGGGAAGGGGUCAUUUGGGCAGGUGGUAAAGGCUAUAGACCACAAGACAGGGGAACACAUCGCAGUCAAGAUCAUCAGGAACAAAAAAAGAUUUCACCACCAGGCCUUGGUGGAGGUGAAGAUUUUGGAUGCUCUGCGGAGAAAGGACAGAGACGGGACCAUGAACGUCAUCCACAUGGUGGAGUACUUCUACUUCAGGAACCAUUUGUGCAUCACUUUUGAGUUGUUAGGAAUGAACCUGUAUGAGCUGAUAAAGAAGAAUAACUUCCAGGGCUUCAGUCUGGCACUGAUCCGGCGCUUUGCUCAUGCCCUGCUGCAGUGUAUGAAGGUUCUGUACAAGGAGAGGAUCAUUCACUGUGACUUAAAACCUGAAAAUAUCCUGUUAAGAUCAAAGGGUCAAAGUGCAAUCAAGGUUAUAGACUUUGGAUCAAGCUGUUAUGAAUUUCAAAGAGUUUACACCUACAUCCAGAGCAGAUUUUACCGCUCCCCUGAGGUCAUCCUGGGAAUCCCCUACAGCAUGGCCAUCGACAUGUGGAGCUUCGGCUGUAUCCUGGCAGAACUGUACACAGGAUACCCGCUGUUCCCAGGAGAAAAUGAAGUAGAACAGCUGGCCUGUAUCAUGGAGGUUCUGGGCCUGCCUCCCAUGAGACUCAUCGAUGACGCUCAGAGGAGAAGACUUUUCUUUGACUCGCGAGGCCAGCCCCGGUGUGUGACCAACAGUAAAGGGAAGAAGAGAAGACCCAACAGUAAGGACCUGUCUCAGGCCAUCCGGACCAGUGAUCCCCUCUUUGUGGACUUCAUCAGGAGAUGCCUGGAGUGGGAUCCAAACCUUAGAUGGACCCCGGAGGAAGCCAUGAAGCACGAGUGGAUCACCGACGGCAAACUGCACAAGACCCGCGGCCAGGUCCAGACUCGCAAGGUCGUCCACUCUAAAGGUCACCCCAGCCACGGUCUCAGCAGCAAGAGAAGCACCGCAGAGUCCAGCGACCAUCCACCCAAACAUGACAAACUAAAGAGAGAAAAGACAGAAGUGUCCAAGCUCAAGGAGAAAGAAGGGCUGCCAUUGGCUACAGAGGAAAGACUGCAACCAAUAGGAGCUGUUGAUCCAGCACCACCAGAAGUAGCAGUAGAAGAGAAAGAAAAGAAACAAGCCCCAAUCACAGUGGACAAUUUCCCGGCAAAGACGGGGAACAAAGCGGUGAGCAAUUCCAAGACAAACGAAGGUCCGUCCAAGGAGAACACGUUCUCCGAAUCUGAGGUGACCAAUACGGUGACAUCAUCUGAGACAAUAGGGACAGAGGAGAGCACCAGUGCAGAACAGACAACGGAGAAAUUCCUGCCUCCUCUUGUCUAACACCUUCUCUUAUAAGUUGUAAAUACAAACAUGUUUUAAAGGAUGUAAAAAGUUCUGAGCAGUUUCAGGGUUCCCUUAAAGAUUGCAUUCAAGCCAAAUUGAAUAUUCAAAUUGUAAACAAAAAGUACUUAAAUGCACAUUUCAAUUAUUAAUAAGGAAAAUUUGGUCUUGGACUAACUUAAACUCGUCCUUUGAUUUUUAGUGCUCACAGGUCUUAGGUCACAGGUCUGCUUUCUAUAUUUCUAUUUAUUCUUUUUAGUUGGUUGCAAAGAAAACCUCGAAGGUUUUUAUCAAAAACUGAAUUACAUCUUUAAGGGAAUGUUUGUUGUUUACUUGACCGUGACAACCAUUUUAAGAUGCAAUUUUGAAGAGAAAAAGUUGAGUUUUGUUGUUCUCACGUGCACAACUGCUGCUACAUGUAAAUGUAUGUCCCACCGGUCUAUGCAACAAUCCUUCACAUGUAGGACUCAAAUUUUAUCAUUCAGUAUUUUUGUGCUUAUUUAUAAUCAGAAAUGUUUGUGGCUGUACAUAUAAGAACAACACUGUACAUCCAACACUGUUUUUCUUUGAAAUUCUUUCUAUUUUCAAGCAUUUUCUUGCCAAACAAACUUGAUCCAUCCAAACCGUAUAUAUCCGUCCUAUGAAAUGUUUUGUCAUACUCAGAUAUGAUUUUGUUCUGUCCUAAAACAAUAUAAUAACAAGUUCAGUGUAUCAUGUCUACUAAUAGUAUAUAAUUCUUAAUAUCGUUGUAUUUUGAUGAUUGUUUUGUCAGUCAGUGAUAACAUGUUGUCCAGUAACUGUUAAAAAAUCUGUCAAAUGCUGCUAAACGCAAAUGCACAAUGAAUGACAAAAAUCUUAUAAUGAUGAUUUUAAAUAUCCCAACUGUCCAAAGUAGGUCUUGCAAUAUACAUAUAAUAUUAGAUAUUCUACAUUUUUCAUGCAGUGGGUAAAUUUAGAUAUUGUAUUAAACAAUAUCUUUGUAAAGUUACCAUAUUAACUAUAGUUUUCACAUGCAAGGGGGGAUGCUAUGUAGUAGCAAUAUGUAAUUGCAGACAGUUUUAUGACCCUUUGUACUUAUUAUAAUAAUUGUAUGUUUAAUGCUUGUGUGUUUUGACUUUUACGAUGUAUAUAAUUGUAUUACUGUUAUAUAUAGAGAGUUAACAAUUUGCACUAUCAUUUUCUUACUUGAAUAGUGCACAAGUUUUUGCACAACUUGUUCUGUAUUUGUGCAAUAGGAGCAGAGUGACUGUUUUUUCCAGUUUUCAUUCAUUUUAAACGUACUAAAAAUCUAGACUUAAUGCUGAGAAAUUGUUUUGAGCUUUGUAGUCAAGAGCAGACAAAAAUACCAGGUAUUGAAGAACUAGGCAAUAACACGACACAAUCUAUAUUAUAGGUUAUCCAAUAUAUGUUAGUAAUUGUUACAUGAUAAAGGCUAAAUGCACAAAAUUUUGUGACCAAACUUCAAAGAUCAUCUGUUCAAUCUUGAUGCCAAAGGACUAUCUUUAUUUAUGACUCAUUGCAAAGGCUUUUUUUCUCAAAAACACACUACCCUUAUGAUUUUUUGGUACGUAUGGUAAAAGAGUUUGGUAAAAGUUUUAUAACAUUCUGUACCAAAAAUUUCUCUAUUGUAUGAAGUUUGCAAAUUGGCAAGAUUCUGUCUUUAAGAGUUUUUAUAAUGCGCCAUCCCAAAAAUUGCUCUAUUGUAUGCAUUUUUUUACUUUGCAAGAACUGGCAAGAUUCCGUCCUAUAAAGUUUCUAUAACAUUUGGUACCUAAAAUGUUCUAUUGCGUGCAUUUAAUGAAUUGGCAAGAUUCCGUCCUUGAAUAUUUUUAUGAUAUUCUAUACCUAAACUUGCUCUAUUCUAUAUAAUGCAUUUUGUGAAUUGGCAAGAUUCCGUCCUUUGAAGUUUCUAUAACAUUCCAUACCUAAAAUGCUCCAUUGUGACAUGUGCAUUUUAUGAAUUGGCAAGAUUCCGUCCUUAAAUGCUUUUAUAAUACUCCGUACCUAAAAUUGCUGACUAUUGUAUGAAUGUUGUGAAUUGACAAGAUUCCGUCCUUAAGAGUUUUUUGUAACAAUCCAUCCAAUAGUUUAUAAUGUUUAUGAACUCUGCUAUGCCAACUCUAACCUUCCAUUGAAAGAAAACUGAGAAUAAAGGAUCCUCCAAGUAACCAUACCAUUUUGCUGUCUUGCCAACUCAGCAUACUCCUAACUACAAAAUAAUAGGUGGAGAUUUGAAAAUAUGAUUCUGUUUGUCAAAUGAUCCAACCAUCAAUUUACUGAUUUAUGUUAAUAUAUAUAUUAUUUUGGUUUUAAAUUCCUAACAAGUAUUGUAGAAAAACACUGGUUUUGAACAAAUUGUUGUAUCUGAAAGCUAGCAGAAAGACAUUCUGUCAUUGUCCAUGACAAAAUAUUUGUGAAUUUUUGCCUGAUAAAGGUUGCCAGUAUUUGUACCCAGGGUUGAAAUGUUCAUAAUGUAUAAUUUUAGUUGAAAACGUGUUUUGAUGGCAGUAUUAUGGGUUUUGCUGUUGACAUAAUAAUUGAAUGCUUUGGUAUAUGGCAAAUGUAUUUUAAAAUGAGGGAUUUUAUACACCUUUCUGUAUUUCAACAGUCCACCCUGUCUUUUUCAGAAGGAAAAUAGCAUGUAAUCUGGAGUGUUUAUAGAAUCUGAUAUUUUCCAUUCUAACUGCACAGAUCAAGUUGUACAUGUAACAUGUACAUUGUAUGUACUGACUCGUGACUUAGCCUUACAUUGCAGACACCCUCUUAUGGUAAAAUGCAAUAAAAUUUAGGUUUAUUUGACAUGU